AAAAAAAGAGAAGAUACUUCGUUAGUUCGUUUAUAUAUGACCUUAUCAAAACCUUAAGAUACCGCCGUGAAUCAAUGUAUAUAACCAAAGGGGUUCAUAUAUAUAUCGAGGCAUUUACAUAAAUUAAUGCACCAAGAAACGAAACCAUGGAUCCUGCUACCGUCGAUGAAUCUCCGAGCCGGCGGCGUCCAUGGUGGCAAAACAAAUACGUAAUAUACGACCUUGUCAUGAACGUGCUCUUGAUAGGCUUCAAUGUUGCAACCUUUUUGUAUAUAAGACAUUAUAAGAUUCCCCUAGUUUCAAGUAUAGACCAUAUGAUCGAGUUUUUGGUGGCUUUCUACUGUCUAGCAAACAUUGCUGGUGUGGCUACAUGGGUAUACAUGUUCAAGAAGAUCCCCGAACGUCCUUUCGAAGGCGGCGUCAUGGGUGUUGCUCAUAUCUGUGGCGUUAUUUUACUAAUUCUCUUCCUCUAUUCUAUUUCUCUCGCCGUUGCUCUCAUUAUCGGUAUACCUUCUUUGUUAUGGUUUAUACCCUUUUUAUGUUACUCUAUAAAACAUUAACUAGAAGUCUACCCUUUUUGCGUUUUACUC